CAAAGCUUUCUGGGAAGGCUGGGCUGAUACCCAACUACGAAUCCCAGCAAGCAGUGCGUGACGCAAGGACGCAAGAGGAGGACUCUGCAGCCGUCCAGCCCCGAGGAGCCAGGUAGCUUCCUUGGCGGGACGUCUAGGGGCGAGUUCUACCGCUUCCCCUUACCGGAAAGCUUGGGCUCUGUCUUCUAAUUUUGCAGCGGCAGCACCUGGUGCAGGUGGGGAUGGGGAAGCGAUACUUCUGUGACUACUGCGACCGCUCCUUCCAGGAUAACCUCCACAACCGAAAGAAGCACUUGAAUGGGCUACAGCACCUCAAGGCCAAGAAGAUGUGGUAUGACAUGUUCAGAGAUGCAGCUGCCAUCUUGCUGGAUGAGGAGAACAAGCGACCCUGCAGGAAGUUCCUGCUGACAGGCCAAUGUGACUUUGGCUCCAAUUGCAGAUUUUCUCAUAUGUCAGAGCAAGACCUGCAGGAGUUAAGCAUCCAGGUGGAGGAGGAGAGGCGGGCCAGGGAGUGGCCACUGGAAACCCCCGAGCUCCCUGAGGGCCAUCUGGAAGACUGGCUGGAGAAGAGAGCCAAGAGGCUGAGCUCAGCCUCAAGCAGCAGGGUCGAACCCCUCAGAGCCACCAUCUUCCAGUACCCUGUGGGGUGGCCGCCAGUCCAAGAGCUGCCCCCAUCCCUGAGGGCACCCCCACCAGGGGGGUGGCCCCUGCAGCCCAGAGUGCAGUGGGGCUGAGGCCCUUACCCAUGCUUAACUCCCACUGGUCAGCUGUCUCAUCCUUCACAAUGAAAACACUUGUUUAUACCAGGGAGGCCAACCCCCCUUCUUGCUCUAUCCCAAGGAACCCCAAGACCGCGGCCUUGACUUCCCCAAGGCUCAGCAGCCCCUUUAGCAGCUGCAGCCCCAUUCACCAUCCUGACCUCCCUCAUGGGAUGUCUUGAGAAGAUGAGCAAGAAAACUGCCAGAUGUUUAUAAAGAAAGUUUGUCCCCA